UGUAAUAACAAGAACCCAAAAAAAAAAGGAAAAGAAAAGAAAAAAGAAGCCCUGUUUCUUCUUUUUGUACUCAACAAUUUUCUCACUUUUGAGUUUUAGCUCAGUCACUCCAGAAAGCACAUACGUUCUCACAGAUUUCUUCAAUUUCUCUCCCAAAUAUUCCCCAGAAGAUUUCCCCAUCCUUUCUUAACUCUAAAUUAAUCCCCACCUCAAAGAAGGAAAACCCAAACAGUCAAAGCUGUUUCUUUUCUUCAAAUCCCUCUAGCUUAAGGUAAGGACUCUUCCAACUCUCCCUUAUUUCGGGUGUUUCUUUUGAUCUGGGUUGUUUUGAUUUUGGGUCCUUUCUUCGAUGCCAUACAGUUGUGUAAUUGAUGAAUUUGAAGUUACCCUUAUAGAGAAAGUUAGGUUUUUUUAUUGGUUUAUUUGUAUAUAUUGUACCAAAUGAUGAUACAGAAGAGAAAGAAAUGGACUGAGGCUGAAGAAAAAACCCUAAUUGAUAAAUAUGGUGAGAUGGUAGCUGAUGGAACUCUCGCCAAAAUGAAAACCCGCGAAAAGAAGUAUAAGCCUAUUGCUUGUUAUGUGAAUUCUGUGCAUCAUGUACGUGAUUCUAUUGCAUAUCCGUGGCAAUGGUCAUGGAAGGAUGUGUCUACUAAGGUGCAAAAUAUGAGGCACCAAUAUUUGCUAGUUAAGCAAAAGAUUAAGAAACCGGAUGGGGUGGUUGAUAAUCCAGUGGGUGGGGAGUGCAAUGGGGAUGAUGAGUUUGAUUGGUUAGAAGGGCUUACGCAUUGGUCAAAUUUUUUGCGGUACAAAGAGGUAUUUGGGGAUGUCGCAGUUUCAUAUAAUAGUAAUAAUAAUAAUAAUAAUAGUAAUAACAGUAGUGAUAUGAUGGUGGUUGCGAAUGAGGAUAGGGAAAAUGGAGGGGGAUUUGUUGGAGGUAGGGGAAUGGAGAUUGUGGAGUUUGGGCAAAUAGGUCAAUCUGGGGAUGGAGAUUUUGCAGGAAUUGAUGGGGGAGAGUAUGGGGUGUUAGGUUUGGGCUUUGAGUAUGAUGGUGAAGAAGGAGAAGGGAAUUAUAAUGGGAAUGAACAUGUAAGGGAGGAGGCAGAUGAUGGUUUGUUGUACGAAGAAGUGGAGCCAAAUGGGUCUACUUUGAAGAAGAAAAGGAAAGUGUUGAAGGGGUUGGAGAAGAAGGCAUUUGGGUUUCUUGUGAACCAGUUGGGGCAAUUAAGGGAAUUAGAGGCUCGGUUUGAACAACGUGAGGCAGAGAGAGAGCGUGAGAGGCAGAAGAAGGAGAAUGUGCGACUGGAGCUUGAGAAAGAAUGGGAAAGAAAGUUGGAAGAAAGAGAAAAGGGAAGGGAAGAUAGAGAGAAAGCUAGAGAGAAAUUGAGAAGGCAGAGAAUUCUUGACUGGGAAGCCAUGGAAAAGGAAAGUCAAGAUAGAGAGAGAAGAAGAAAAGAAGAGGAGUUGAUACAAGAGAGGGAGUGGGAGGAGAGGAUGAAUAGAAGGAGGUCAGAAUGGAAGAAGAGGAUGGAUGAAAUGUUAAAUCAGCACAGAGCAGAAAUGGGCCAGAUGCAGACUCGUAUUCUUCAUGAGCAACAAAACCUUACUAGCCAGUUGCUUGGGAUUGUUUCACAAUGGACUGGUCAUCCAGCAGGGCUUUCAGACCAUACUGGUGCCAGCAACCAUUAUCUUUCACAAAUGAUGCAAAAUUUGCACCAUGUGAAUGGUAUGGUUCAUGGAGAUGGGAGGGUUGACGGUGAUAAUCAAGAUGACCAAUUUAUUGUUGAUGGAUGAUAUCUUAUCUGCAACACCAUCAACUCCUUGGAUAGGUGAAAUAAAUGGAGGCUGUGCGAGAAUGUUUGCUACAAUGAGAAGUGUAAAGGUCAGGAAUUGUUAAUUGCAUAUUGCGGAGUCCUUUCAGCUAGAUUUGCUUGCAUACUGAUCUAUUUAGUUCAAAACGGAGUUAAUAAGGGAUAUAAGAGUCUCUGUUUUGGCUUUUCCUUAUCCUUGUCCUUCUGUAACUAUUUGUAUUAAAUAUUAAUGAAAUUCUAUUCUGAAUUGGUAUUA